AUUAGGCGUGCGCGCCUGCAAGAGAUGCAGCAGCAGCAGGGCCAGUCGGGCGGUCAGGGCGGUCAAGGAGGCGACCAAGAGCAGAAGCAGCAGCCCGAAGCACGCGCAAGCAUUCUGUCGCAAAUCCUCGAACCAGAUGCCGCAGACCGUCUAGGUCGUAUCCGCCUCGUCAAGGCAUCGCGUGCCGAAGACGUCGAGAACAGACUAAUCAUGCUGGCACGCAGUGGUCAACUCAGACAAAAGAUCUCCGAGGCUCAACUCAAGGACAUCCUCGGCGCCAUGUCCGAGCAGCAAGAAAAGAAAGAGACUGUCAAGGUGUCCAGAAGAAAGGGAGGUUGGGAUGAUGACGACCUGGAGGACUUG